CGCCCGGCCCUGUAGUACUAGACCAGUACCAGUAGCACCACCCUUCCUUGUUGCUUGCUCCCCUACACUUCUUCUUCAAUUCCUUCCUUCCUCUACAUAUUUUUUAAUCAAAUAAACCCAGCACCAAGCUAUAUAUACUCCCUUCCUACCAGCCACAGGUCUCACACAAGCGCCAGCUACAGCAAUAUAUAGCAUGGUAUAGAUGUGUGUUGCAGCUGCUGGCUGCUGCUAAUAAUUCUUACUCCUAGCUCCUCAUCGUCAGACGACCUCUCAUCAUCUCCUUCGAUUCCUCCUCUCCUCAUAUGUGUGCAGAGAUCAUAUAUAGCCAGCUGCAGAUAGGCAAGUAAAGCUUGCUUGUGUCUCCUCCAGCAGGUUCAUGCAGAUCAGAAUCAGAUCACAGUGCUAGGGAUAUAGACAAGUUUGCAGGAGAAAAGAUCUCUAGAUAGAUACAUACAUAGCUAGGGAGUAGGGAUCGAUCCAUCGAAGGUAUAGGCCAGCUGCUGGCAUGGGCCUGAGGGACAUCGAGCUGACGCUCCCGCCGGGGUUCCGGUUCUACCCCAGCGACGAGGAGCUGGUGUGCCACUACCUGCACAGCAAGGUGGCCAACGAGCGGAUCGCCGGCGCCGGCGGGGCCAUGGUGGAGGUGGAUCUGCACACCCACGAGCCCUGGGAGCUCCCUGACGUUGCGAAGCUGAGCACGAACGAGUGGUACUUCUUCAGCUUCCGCGACCGCAAGUACGCGACGGGGCUGCGCACCAACCGCGCCACCAAGUCCGGCUACUGGAAAGCCACCGGCAAGGACCGCGUCAUCCACAACCCCAAGGCCGCCGGCCGCGCCGUCGUCGGCAUGCGCAAGACCCUCGUCUUCUACCGCGGCCGCGCCCCCAACGGCAUCAAGACCAGCUGGGUCAUGCACGAGUUCCGCAUGGAGAAUCCCCACACACCACCCAAGGAGGACUGGGUUCUGUGCAGAGUUUUCUACAAGAAGAAGGCCGACGCGAUGGAUUACGCCAUGGACAGCGAGCAAGAUGUCGCCAUGCCUCACAGCGCUGAUCAUCCGAGCUACUCGCCUUCAUUCCCCGCCCUCGGCAGCAGCCACUACCAUCUGCCGCCGCCGCCGCCUUCCGAUCAACACGGCGGGGCUGGAGCCGGCUCCCUUAACGACUUCCCCGCCGCCAUGGCGCUCCUGCAUCAUCAGCACAACAGCAUGUUCAACUUCCCCGCCCAGCCUCACGACGGCGGCAACGUCGGCCUUGCGCCGGCGGCGGCGGCGGCGGGGUCAAGAGACGGGAGCGGCGCCGGCGGCGACCAAUGUGGCAGCGGGGUGCUCAUGGACAUAGGACUCGACGAGCACUACAAUUACAACUACAACAGCCUGAUGCAGAUGUGAUAUCGGUGCUGCAAACUAAUAGAUGCUCCCUGCCGUGUGUGCUAAUGACCAGCUUUAUCUGAUUUUAUUCGUCCGUGAUCGAUCUUUAUUUGUGCAGAUUUGGUUGUGCAUGCAAUGCACUCAUCGUACUGUAGUUAAUCUCUACGGAUUAGGAGUGUUGUUCGUUGCGUUUGGGAUGAUGCACAUGACUAGUAGGCUGUGGUUGAAGUUCUGUGAUUCAUGUACAUAUUUGUGGAUCGGUUUAUUAUACUGUCGGUUGGGGAGCUCAAGUUUGGAACCUUUUUGUUGGUAUAUUGUCAUCUGUAAUUAUACAAUUAUCCUUAGCAUCAUAUAUACUUGAGUUGUUUCAAAUC